CGGCGUGUCUGGACACCUGCAACCAUGGCUGAGCUCUUUGACUCGUACGCAUCCGACUUUGCGCAGCUCACUUCGUCCAUCACGGCCAAGCUGGAUAAGGAGGUGCCCAGCCAGGCGGGCGAGGCUCGCAAGGCGACACUGCGCAGGGCCGAUAUGGAGGCCGACGAAGCCGACGAAAUCCUGAGCCAGAUGGAAAUCGAGGUCAAUGGCUUCCCACAAAGCGUCAAGUCAAAGUAUGCAGUGCAGCUUCGCGGGUACAAGGCAGAGCUGGAGAAGCUCAGGAGGAGUGUACGCACCCAGGUGCAGAAUGCGGGCGCUGGCGGAUCCCGAUUUGACGCUGCACUCGAGGCCGAUGGCGAUGUCGAGUCAGGGAGGUCGUCUUACGACCCACAGGCUCAGCGACAACGGCUGCUCCAGGGCACAUCCACCCUCGAAGACGGCUCGAGGCGGCUACAAGAGUCGCACCGCAUCGCACUCGAGACCGAGGAUCUCGGUGCAGACAUCCUCCGGGAUCUCAGGUCUCAGCGCGAGCAGAUCGAGAAUAGCAGAGAUACGCUGCGACAAGCAGACUCGAACAUUGACCGAUCCUCCCGGACGCUGAGCAAGAUGAUCCGUCGCGCAAAGCAGCAGAAGCUCGUCACGAUUGGCAUCAUUACUGUCUUGGUCCUCUUGAUUUUGCUGAUUCUAUACGGCAAGUUUUCAUAGCAACCGCUUUAAUGUGUCAUACCAGCGGCAGUACGGCG